AAAUAAUAAGGUCAUUUGACUAAAAUUGCCCAUGAAGUAAUUACGAACUGGUCUAUUCCCUGAAAGAACGCUCUCAACCAUGACCACACUCGACUGUGUAUAAAAUAUACCUUUUAUACGUGUAUAUAAAAGAAGGUAUGUGGAGAGCGAGGUUACACUAGCUGGUUGGUAACUUCUGAAUAUAACACCCCAUGCGCUCGCAUUGAGGUGGACUUGACCUUACUUGAUAAUGGAAAUGGUUGACCUGGAAGCGAUUGAGGAUGCAGCUAAGCGGAUCAAAGUUCAUGUACACCUGACCCCAGUCAUGACCAGUGGAAUGAUAGACAAGAUGAUUCCUAGAAGAAACCUCUUUUUUAAAUGUGAACUUCUCCAGAAGACGGGCUCUUUUAAGAUUCGUGGCGCUUUAAAUGCAGUGUCAAAGUUUGUUGAAGGCAUAGCUGAGGAUCAAAAGAAGCCGAAAGUAGUCACAACUAGCUCAGGGAAUUUUGGUCAAGGUUUAGCCUAUGCUGCCAAGCUGAAUAGCCUCGAUGCAUAUAUAGUGAUGCCAGAGAAUGCUCCACAGUGCAAGUUUAAUGCAGUAAAGGGAUAUGGAGCAGAGGUGAUCACGUGCAAACCUACAGAAGAGUCGAGAAGGACUACGGUGGAGGCAGUACAGAAAAGGACCGGAGCUCAUUUUUUCUCUUCAUCUCAGAUGUAUGACGUCAUAGCAGGACAAGGUACCAUCGGUCUUGAGCUGUUAGAUCAGAUACGUGAUCUUGAUGCUGUAAUAGUACCAGUAGGAGGAGGUGGAAUGGUAGCUGGUAUCGCAGUUGCAUUGAAGAGCAAAAAUCCAGCAAUCAGAGUCUUUGCAGCUGAACCCAAAAAUGCAGAUGAUUGUUUUCGAUCAUUCAAAUCCAAGAAGCUCAUUCCUCUACCACCCGGCCCAGUAGACACCAUAGCUGAUGGUAUGAGGGUUUCUAUUGGAGAGUUAACUUGGCCAAUCAUUGAGAAGUAUGUUGAUGAUGUCAUCACGGUCACAGAAAAUGAGAUAAAGGAUGCAACUCGUUACAUAUGGCACUUUAUGAAGCUCUUCAUCGAACCUUCCGCUGGGGUAGGUGUUGCUGCAGCUCUAAGUCAGGAGUUCUCCCAAAAGUCCCAAGAUUUAAAGAAUGUUGCUGUCAUACUUUGCGGCGGCAAUGUGGACUUGGGCUCAGUUAAACAUUGGUUAUGAACAUAAGACUAGAUGAGACUUGGUUAUCUCUUGGUUAACAUUUUGAAGAGGCUUUUUUAAAGACAUGUAAGAUGUAGAGCAGACUUACCGUGUUUUUUAACGUGGGGUGUAUUUGAAGUAUAAAAAAUCUUCUUAAUUAUUUUGUUAUAGCUCUAAAAUCAUGAUAACCUAUAACGAAAACAAAUAAUAAUUUUCCCCAGUAAGAGCUGCUAAACCUGGGUGGGAGAUGCCCUCACUUUUUCAUUAAACGUGUAAAAAAAAUGCAAUGUCCAUCGGAUUGUGUUUUACAGGAUUUCACAAUCCUGUAUAUAAGAAUUUUUAUUAAUUUCACAAUCCUGUAUGUAAGAAUUUUUAUUAAUUUCACAAUCCUGUAUAUAAGAAUUUUUAUUAAUCUUACAAUCCUGUAUGUAAGAAUUGUUUUGCCCUUUUCGUUAUCUCAUGUAUUCCUUUACAUAUAUUUCAAUAUUCUUCUAUCCUAACUUUUUGCGGGGUCCACAUCUUACAAGCUUUGCUUUUCAGUGGACCCCUCCAUUCUUCUCACGAUAUACAAUGACAUGUAUAUUGCUUUGGUUAUAUUUAAUUAUAUUGACUAUAUUGAUUUAAAUUUGACAUGCAUGUUAAUUUCCAUUGGAAUCAUUUAUUGAAUUGUAUAUCAUUUAUUUAAUGUUGAAUUUUGUUCAUGCUUUUAUUUAGAUUGAAUUAAUUUAUCUCUUAUUUAAUUGUA